CGCCCUGAGGGCGGCGGGGCGGGCCAAGAUGGCGGCGGGGGACGGACGGUACUUCUGCACGGCGGGCCGCGGGCUAGAGCCCUUCCUCGCGCGGGAGGUGCGGGCGCGGCUCGGCGCCACGGAGGUGGACUGCGUCUCAGGAAAGGUCUUCUUCAGCACAGAGGCGGAGCCGGGCGAGCUGAGGAAACUCAAGUCUGGAGAGCGACUCUUUUUGCUGCUUAAAAAACACACCCCGAUUCCUGUUUCUAGAAAUAAAGGGAAAGUGCUGCAUGAGAUUAAAAGCCUUGUCAUUGAGGAGCCAAAGUAUUGGCUGGAUGUUAUCUCUAUUUGGAGAAACCUUCAUGGGUGUAGGGGACAAAAAGAUAAUGUCUCUCAAGAAAACCCAUCACCUCUCAAGAGAAAAUCAGAAGAAGAGGCAAACAUUGCAACUAAAAGGCAGAAAAUGGAACAAGUGAGAGGGACUACGUCUGAGGAAUGUAAGGCGGAAGGCGGAGAGAGGUGUGUGGUACCAGAGAGAAAGAGUGAUCAGGACUGCUGGACUGAAAGCAAGACUUCCUUUGAAGACCCUUCCAAAAGCAGUGGGGAGGAACCUAUUGCAAACGAGCAGCUUAGCUUCAGUUUCAGAGUUUCUUGUCGUUGUAGUGGAGCCAUUGCCAAAGUACUUACUUCACAGGAGAUUGGAAGAGCUCUUGGCAUAGCGCUCAUGAAGCAGUGUGGGUGGCGGGCUGAUCUGCGGGAUGCUGAUCUAGAGAUCUUUAUACAUCUUAAUGACAUUCAUUCUGUGGUGGGGAUUCCUCUUUUCAGACUUCCGUUGGCAAACAGAGAGUAUAUUAAAACAGCAGGACUGCGGUCAACAAUUGCAUGGGCCAUGGCAUCUCUGGCUGAAAUCAGUGCAGGUGCCUUUGUGCUGGAUCCUAUGUGUGGGCUAGGAACGAUACUGCUGGAAGCUGCCAAAGAGUGGCCCGAAGCCUGUUACUGGGGUGCUGAUAUAAGUGAUUCACAGUUAGAGGGUGCAGAUGUGAAUAUUAGGACUGCAGGCUUGAUGGACAAGAUUGAGUUACUUAAAGCUUCUGUGAAAGAUAUUCCAUUUGGGAAGAAGUUCAAGAUCACAAAAGACAUACAGCUCCUACCGGAUAUUCUCCAGGAAAUGGAGAGAGUACUUCGUGUUGGAGGCACUAUAGUAUUGUUGCUGAGCCAAGAUCUCCAUAAGUGCAUGGAUGGCGUUACCAAGCAUGCUGAAAAUGACUCUCCUAAUGCCAUUUCUGAUGGCACAAGUGAAACCACCACUGCAAAAGCCCUGAAUGUUGAUGGGAAUUCAUCCUCCUUGGUGAACGGUGUUGAAGAAUCCUUUCUCAGCAGCAGACAGACACGUUUUGGGUCUCUGGUGCCAGAUGGCGUCUAUGGAGUUAGUCUUGGAAAGACAGAUGCUUUCAUAUACAAAUACAGGAAGAUCUCUUCUGCUGGGAAUCAGUAGCUUUCUUGCACUGCGCCAAAAUGAACUUGAAUCCUGAUAUGCUUGAAAAGCAGCACGGCUGUGAUCCGGUGGAACCCUGCUGAUCCACACCCUGUGCCAUUUGUUAGCUUGCCUCGCUUUUUUGGAUGUCCUAAGGCGUUGCUUUUCUCUCUUGGGUUUUUAGGAGAGGUGGAAGAUGCCUACUAGUGUUUCAGAUGUUUUUACUGUAAAAUAUUGUCAUACGACAGAGUCCUCAAAUCCUUGUUUAGGCAAAGCCUCUCGGUAUCAGGAGGAGUUUCUUUGGAAGAGAAAGUCUUUAUUUGCAGAACUGCAAAAACAAAUGUGGUAAUAUUAAAUGUAAAUGGGUUUUUGCCUUCAGCAGUAUUUUUUAGGAAGCACAUCUUGCCUGAAGAAGUCUCCAGCUCUUUUUGAGGGCUGGAUGUAUGCUUUACCUUGCAGUCUUGUAUUUUAUUUUAAAGCUCAUUUCUGAUGAGUUUGAAAUGUCGCUAUUGAGAUGUCUUGGAGUGGAAAAUAAAACUAUUUUCUGUAUUAA